CACACACACACACACACACCUCUGUCCCAGUUUACUUUCGUUUUCUGUCAAAGUGAAACUAAACUGCUGCUCGUGUCCUUCGUGUUCAAACUGCUGCGUUUCCAUCGACGGAUGUUGAGUUUGGUGAUAGUUACAGUAAAGCUGAGAACACCUGGAGAAAGAAAUGUCCCGACGAAACGACAGCUCCCAGAUGAGAGAGUCUAUUCAACAUGACCACAAUGAAGACCGCAAAGAAGACCGCAAAGUAGAACACAAAGAAGACCGCAAAGUAGAACACAAAGAAGACCGCAAAGAAGACCGCAAAGUAGACCGCAAAGAAGACCGCAAUGAAGACCGCAAAGUAGAACACAGAGAAGAACACGGGCGUGAAAGAGAGCCCAACGACAUCAAUGGUUCCAAACCGAACAUCUGCUCCUCCUGCUCUGAAAGAAUCUCUUGCUCCUCUGGACCCCUCAUCUCAUAUGAUACUGGACCCUCCUCCUCCUCUAGACACUCUGAUACUGGACCCUCCUCCUCCUCUAGACACUCUGAUACUGGGGCCUCUUCCUCCUCUAGACACUCUGAUACUGGGGCCUCUUCCUCCUCUAGACACUCUGAUACUGGACCCUCCUCCUCCUCUAGACACUCUGAUACUGGGGCCUCUUCCUCUGGACUCUCUGAUUCUGGACACUCCUCAUCUGGACCCGACCACUCCAAUCGAUCCUCCUCCUCUUCUAGACCCUCUGAUAUUGGACCCCCUUUCUCUGGACCCGACAACUCCACUCAAUCCUCCUCCUCCUCUAGAACCUUCUCCCCUGGACCCUCAUCCUCUAGACCCUCUGAUACCGAGGAGAGACAGGACGAAGGCAGCUCUUCAUCAUGUUGUUCUCUGGAAGAUCUAAAGAGACUGCCUCAGUGUCAGAGCAAACCCGGACCCCUGACCCCUAGCAGGACACACACAAUCCUCAUUGAUGUGAAUUUUCUUAACCUUGAAGGGUCAUUGAUGGCGAAGGAAGGCAGAGACGUGUGGCAAAGUGACUUUGUGAAAAUGCCGUGCUCAGACUCAAGUGUCGUAAAAGCUGGAGCAUAUUUUAAGGGUCCAGAAGUCAGAUGGAAUGGUAUCUCCAAACAGCUGAAGGGUCUGGCUGACAAGAGAGAAGUGAACGUUGAUCAUGUUCAGGCGGCCAUCUUGAAAUAUAACCCUAGUUACAAAGAUAAGUGGUCCUUUGAUGCCCUCGCCACCUUUGUCAGGCGUGUCCCGAAAGCUGAAAACUACUUCAGCACUCUGUUUCCAAAGAUCGCCAAGUUGGCCUUGGAGCUGCCGAAAAACUUGAAGAAGGCCAUCCCGAUGCUCAAGAACGGUCGACCUGCGUCCAUCACUCUGUCCCAGGAACAGAUAGCCUGCUUACUAGCUAACGCUUUUUUCUGCACCUUCCCUCACCGAAAUGCCACCCAUCCUAAUGCGGAGUACUGCAACUACCCCUCCAUUAACUUCAACAGUCUGUUUGAGAACUGGUCGGACAGGAAGAAGGAAAAGCUGAGGGCCAUCAUGCAUUACUUCAAAGUGAUGACGGAUGAGAAGAAGAGACCAAGAGGACUGGUGACGUUUGAGAGGCGCCUACUCAGCGGCCAUGAUGUUCCAGACUGGAGACGCUGUAAGGACAAGAUGCAGAAACUCCACGUCACGUCAGGCGGCACCAUCGAGACCGAAGGCACAGGAAUGCUGCAGGUGGACUUUGCCUGCAAGAUGAUCGGUGGAGGGGUUCUGAAUACUGGUCUGGUUCAGGAGGAGAUUCUGUUCCUGAUGAACCCAGAGCUGAUCUUGUCCCGGCUCUUCACCGAGAAACUGGAAGACAACGAGUGUCUCAUCGUCACAGGCUCCCAGCAGUUCAGCCGUUACUCCGGUUACGGAGACACCUUCGAGUGGGCGGGGCCUCACGAGGACGACCUACCACGAGACGAGUGGAGACGUCUGCAGAGGCAGAUUCUAGCCAUCGACGCUCAGCACUACAAACACAGACGGGAGCAAUACGACAUGUCUAAAGUCCAACGGGAACUCAACAAGGCGUACUGUGGAUUCAGGGGUCACGGACCGAACAUCCCGGACAUCGCCACAGGAAAGUGGGGCUGUGGAGCUUUUAACGGAGACCCACAACUCAAAGCUGUGAUCCAGCUGAUGGCCGCAGCGAAGGCGGAGAGGGGGCUGGCCUUCUUCACCUUCAAGGAUGAGGAGCUGAAGGAGGAUCUGCAGAAGCUUCACCACCUGCUGGUGAUGGAGGGAACUACAGUCGGGAAACUCUUUGAACUUCUGGAGAACUUCUGUGGAGCUCAGCAUGGCUCGGGCAGUUCUUACUCCGGGGGUCUGUUUGACUUCAUCAAGAGAAAGCUGAGACCGAAGAGGAGUCUGCUUUGAGGACGUCUGCUUUGAGGACGUCUGCUUUGGGGACGUCUGCUUUGAGGACGUCUGCUGUGAGGACGUCUGCUUUGGGGACGUCUGCUUUGAGGACGUCUGCUUUGAGGACGUCUGCUUUGAGGACGUCUGCUGUGAGGACGUCUGCUUUGAGGACGUCUGCUUUGAGGACGUCUGCUUUGAGGACGUCUGCGUCUGAUUCAGGAUCAAAUCUAAGUGAGAUGCUUGAAAUCGGGAUGAAGGGUUUAAUUGAAGUAUUCUGUAAAUAUAUUCUGUAAUUUCUAAAGAAUGAUAUCCAGAGUGCAGCACUUUAACAUUUAAGUUCAUGUGAUUGAAAUGUAUUUGAGUUAUUGAACAAAAUGACCAAGGUUUGAUCAGGACAGAUUGUAGUAAGUAAAUCAAACACGAGAGGAUAAGGGAACGUAAUUAUUUUUAAAGUUUGCUUUUAGGUUUGACUUUUAUUAUCUGAGAACUCUGAUGUCACUUUUAGAAUUCAAAGAUAAAAGCCAGAAUUCUAGAACUCAGCAGAAUUCCGAAUUGAUUCCAGAAUGCUGAGGAUAAAGAAAGCAACAUUCCAACCUGACAUUCCGUCUCAGUGGAUACAUCCUAAAGGGGAUUCUUGCCACUAGAACAACAUGUUUAAAUGUUGUCUGACCUGUCUUUUCAGAAACCUGACUCAGGUUUCUGAUUUCAGUCAAAAUUCCUGAAAAAAAAGCAGAAUUACAACUUUGUUCUAGAAUUUCAGAGAAAAAAAGUCGACCCUCAUGGUGAAUCUCUGUGGCUGUAAUUAAAAAGGGAUUCAUAAUAUUAACAAUAAUAAUUGAUCAGAUUCGUAUAAUGCUUUUCAUUGUACUCAAAUUUGCUUAUUAGUGUCACUGGAUAUUUUUCUUGAGGUCUGACUUACCUUUUUGAAAUCUUGACUUCUGACUAAUUCUAACAUUUCUCUCAAUUCAGGGGAAAAAGUCCGAACUCUGAGAUGAAACUCAGAGUUCAGAUUUUAAUUUUGGAAUUCAUAGAAAAAGUCAGUAAUCUGGGAUUAUUUGUAUUUAUUGAUUGUAUUGCACAUAUAAAAGAAAAGGUAAACAUUUCUGCUCAAUAACAAGAGCCAAGAUAUAAGAGGAAAAUUCAACAAUAUCUAAGUACUAGCUUUAGUGACAAUAAAUAUGCAGGAGGAGCCAAAAAACGGCUUGCUGGGUCGCCAACCUGAAGGAUUGAAAAUUGAAUUCCCAGAAAAUAAUUUAAAAUUCCAACUUUGAUAAUUCAGGAAGAAAAAAAAAAACAGAAUUCUGAGAGAAAAAUUUGAAUUUUGCCUUUCACCUUAGAUCUAAAAAAAAAAAAUUAAAAAAUUAAAAAUAGAAGAAAAAACAGAAUUCUAACCUCAAAUGAAAAAAAAUAAAGUUCAUCCUUAAAUUAGUGACACUGAAACAAUAGAAGUCAAACCUACAUUUUAAUAAUCCUCCUUUUUUUUAAUUUUCUAAAUAAAAAUCUGAAUUUAACUUCAAGGAAAAAAACAGAAUUUUAACGUUAAUCUACGAAUCUUGAAAAAAAGUCGGAAUUCUGGAACAGAAAUUUUCAUUCAGAGUAAAGAGUCAGGAUUACAGCAACACAUGUUUAUUAUGAGCUGUAAUUGAAGGUUAUCUGAGGAAUCUGAGGUUUUUAUCAUUCUAAAUUUUGUAUUUUAUUCCAGAUUUCUGAGAUUAACGUCAAAAGUCUGACUUUUUUAGAAUUCUUCUGAAAACAGUCAGAUGUUUGACUUUAAUCCCAGUCCUAAUUCCUCUUUAGAAAAACACAAUCUGCUUCUUGUUCUCCAUUCCUGUCAUCUCUGAUAUAAACUGUACGAGUAACUUGAUUUAAAGUCUUCACUGCUUCAUUAACGCUGUCAUAAAUCUGAUCCCAAAUAAAAAUCAAUAAAGAUG